AUGCAUAAUUCACAUUCUAUUUCCUCAAGGGAUCUAGCUAGCCUAGAAUAUCCGCUGGUUUGUCGAGAUGAGGAGAGUCUUGAACUGAGCGAGCUAUAUGAUACGGAGCCGUGUGUGGACCCCUCAAACAGUUCAGACAUCCUGAUAGCUGGCAGGAAGCCCGAUACCUCGGCUGGACUCGGUGCCACUACUCGACAAUCUGCCCGCAUAAUCGAUAUAUCUAAGCCUCGUAUUGUUUCCCCCAUAGCACCCAGAUCUAUAUCAACUAUAGAGGACCAUGUACAUUUAUAUCAAUCUAACCUACAGAAGAUCAUUAGUGAUCUAAAAGCCUAUGUAAGCAUAACAAACCAUCCUAACCUCAGCGCUCAAGACAUUCCUAAGAUAUGCGUUGAAAAGCUAGAUACGGAAGAGUAUCGUCGCAAGUUCACGGCCAGAACGAAGCUCUCCACAGCACUUCUUCAACAAGCUAUGAACCUGCGCAAAAGAAUCGAGGAAAUACAGGGUCUUCUGGACAACUCGUGCACCCAGCCUCUGUCAGAAAAGCUACCCGGUAAAGAGCGGGCUCUGGAGUCCAGUGUUGAGAGUGGGCGGCCGCUCCCUAUCUAUGAUCGUCUAUUACCCGCUACACGCUCUCCUGUAUAUGAGCAAAACUGCCGCGUCAUUUGGGCCUCUAGUGAGUCGUUUGUUCUUCUUGCACACAUAAGGCACUCCUCAGAUAUGGGUACAGACCUUUUUGUCGCUCACGUUGACACUGAGUUGUCACGUUUUCAACAAGACAGUAACGCAGAUCCAUCCACUGACAAAGGAUCCGUCAUAUGCACCCUUACCUUUUGGCUCAAGAAGAAAGGCAACCAGCUACUACUUCAGUUUCUUUGCAACGAGUUUCUAGAGGCCUAUCGGCCAACGCUUCAGGGCAGUGAUCAAGAUAUAUCUGUGGAACCAAAACACAUCAGAGAGAAGUGUUCACUGGACAUGCUUGGGACUGCUCUCGGGCUUGGCAUUAGACAGUCGCUCUCUUGCAAUAUGUUACAAUUAACCUUCAGAGACAUCUCUUCCCACGCUGCAAAGCACAUCAUUACAGUGAUGUCAGAUGUGUUUCAGCGCUUCUAUGCACAGCUGCAGAUCUGGGGAGCACUGCGGACGCCGCAGAUUGUAUUCUUAACAUAUUAUCGGGCAUGCCCGCACCUUUUCGCAAGCAAAAGUGAUAAAUUGAUGAGCUUCCUGGGCUCUCAGAUUGUUGGGGGUCACAUGGAGCCAGAGCUCAAAAUCUUAUCUGCAAAGAGCACUACCCUACAAACAUUCUCUGGCAAUUGCCUGUAUUGCAAGCUUUACGUAGCGCAGUCCUUAGAAUCGGUCAUAGUACGGCUUACGUUCCAACAGAAUGUAGAGAACCACAUUGCGCUUACCUUCACUGCCUUUAGAUUUUCGUCUGGAGAGGCUAUCUCUGACGAUGACGUCCGGACUAUUCUUGCUGGUGGCUGA